GUUAGAUGUCUAUUAUACUGUACUCUCGAUACUCAAAUGGCUGAGAGUUUAAGGGGGAUUAGAAGUGGCGCCUAUUUAUGUGUUUUAUUCAGAAAUUGUUCUGUUUUGUUGAUCGGGUAUUAAGAGAAAACAGGAACAAAACAGCAUCAUCAGCAGCACAAAAUUAUCAUUAUUACUUGGAAAAACAGCAACAAAGCAGGAGCAAAAGUUGUUGUUGUAGGGGACAUAUUGAAAAACAGAUUUUUUAAAGAAGAUAGAGCAGAGUGCCAAUAAUAAGGACUACUGCUGCUGCUGGUACUAACACACUAACAACUAAACACUAUCUGCUGCUGCUGCUUUUGCUAUAAUGGAACUCGUUAAUUUACUUAUUGAUCUAAAUGACGACAACCCAUGAAUGGUGUUUGGGUAAUGUUUACUUAGGAUCCAUCUAAAACUCAAAUAAUAACAACACCAAGACCAAUCUAUGGAUGUAUUGUCUGUCUAUUUGUUUGUCUAAAAGUCUGUCCGUCUGUCUAUCCCAGCGUCUUUAUAAACGUUUGUCUUUUUAGUCUUUGUUUAACUAAAAAGUGUGUCCAACCAACAACAAAAUUCCUAUAAAAACAACACUAACAUACAAUAAUAACAAAAAAACAACAGCAACAACACACCAUUUAUCGGAAGCCAUAUGCAAAAAGUAACAACAAUAACAACAACCACAAGACAGUUAGCUCAGCAGCAUUAUUAAAAUAAAAACUCUUAACGAGCGUAAAAUGUAACUAUUAAAAGUAGUAACGCCCCUCUGGAACAAUCAGCUUAAUAUCUCCACAACAACAACUACAAUAACAAUAAUAAUAACUUAAAAUUACAGCAACAAAAUAUCACUAACAACACACUAUCACACAAUAGCAGACAUGUUACUUUAAUUAUUUUAUCCACAAAAAAGAGAGAAAGAGAUCGUAAUCAUACAUUUCAUUCACUCUUAGGGCAAACAACCACCCUACAAAGAUAAAAUCCACAUAUUCAAAUGGUUAAACACUGGAUAAAAGAGAAAACAUUAUAACAUUGCUAAUGUUAGAAAGAGAGAGACAGUGAUAACAUGUAUAAACUAAAAGAGUAGACCAAACAGUAAAAAGAGAAUUUUGUUAAUGAAACCGGUUGCUGUUUAUUGUGUGUAGCUCUGGUUUUUGUUGUUGCUAAAGAAGAGCAGCAAAGAGCGAGGUAAAAUUCCCACAGCGGAUACUUAGAGCCCUCGAUGAGUAUUUGUGGAUUAUUCUGACAUCGUUUGUCGUUGAGUAAACACACGUUAAGAGUACGUCCGUGAUAAAAAAUAAAAGAAAAAAAAUAUAUAAAAAUUUCUUUUAAAAUAAACAAAAAAUUCUACAAAAGAGAAAAUCAUUUUGAAAAUUUAUCAAAAGAAAUACCAAAUAAAACGAAAAGUUUUCUAACUUUCUUAACAAUAUUAUACAAAAAAAAGAAUCUAUGAUUUUAUGGAAAUUAUAAAAAAUCUGAAAGAAAAAAGUGCUAAUAUUAACUCCACCAUAACCAAGGACUAAAAGUAAUAAACAAAUUGUUUAUGUGUAGUGAUCAAUUAAAAAAACAAAGUUUUUAACUAUUAAAAACUUAAACACGCCAAAACGGAUUUAACAAGUGAAAUACAAACGCAGACGCCCAGCGCUUUAUUAAAACGCGUAUUUAUGACUAAAAUGAUUCCGCCGGUACCCACAUCAGCAGUCAUGAUGCCUACGCCUAAACAAAAGAUCGGCUUUAGCAUUGAGUCGAUCGUUGGCAAUGAUGCCUCCUCGGCCGCAAAUACCGUCGGUGAAAACUUAAACGGUUCCACUAGUACAAAUUCCGAUGACAACAACUCCACCACAAAUCCCUCCUCGCCACCACAAACACCGCCAGCCGGUAUCACCUCAUUGCCUGGUUUACACAAUCCUCAUAUUUUGUCGCAACAUCCUCAUAUGGCUCAUCAUUUGUCGAUGGCCCAACAGCAGGCUUUGCAUCAACAUUUGCUGAUGCAACAUCAACAGCAGCAACAACAGCAAAACUCACAAAAACCUGAUAUAUCGGAUAUUAUACAACGUUUACAUAAUUCAGCCCAAGCGGCACAUUUGAAUAGCAAUAAUGGCCCUUACAGUCCUCCCGCCCAUACACGUCUCUCACCUGAUCAUGAGUCUGUCAAUAACCAACAUCCUGCACCUCAAAUUCACAGUCUGAAACGUGAAAGAUCGCCUGAAAGAGGCAAUGAAAAUGUACAAAAUCCUGCACAACGUCAUCAACCUCCACAUACACCACCCAAAUCAGUGUCACCUCAGUCUUCAUCACAUGCUUCCCCACCACCUGCCAAUAUGUGUAACAGUCCCGCCACUCCUCAGCAUUAUGGUAAACCUUUAACAAAUCCCAUGACACCGGGUUCAAUGCCCAUGUUAGUACCUGGUAUGCCUCCGGCUAAUAUAGUGAGACCUUUCCCCAUGGGCCCAGGACAAGCACCACCACCACCUCCUCAUGUAGCACAACCUGGAAUGCCUGAUAUUAAAGCUUUACCUCCCUACAUUAAUGCACCACCAGAAAUGCCUCCUCAACACAAUCCUCAUUUAAUAGCCGCCGCCCAGUUCCAAAUGGCUUUACAGGCCGGACAUGUUUUGGGACCAGCAGCUGCGGCUGCAGCCGCUGCCGGUUUACCUCCCCAUGCUGGACCAUUUAUGCCCGGUUCCGGCAUGCCCAGAGAUAGUUAUCCCUUGUAUCCCUGGCUUUUAAGUCGUCAUGGCAGAAUAUUUCCUCAUCGUUUCCCAGGAAAUUUCUUGCUACAACCUUUCCGCAAACCUAAACGCAUACGCACCGCUUUCUCACCUUCACAACUUUUGAAAUUGGAACAUGCCUUCGAAAGCAAUCAAUAUGUUGUGGGAGCCGAACGUAAAGCUUUAGCACAAUCCCUCAAUUUAAGCGAAACCCAAGUCAAAGUUUGGUUCCAAAACCGACGCACCAAACACAAACGCAUGCAACAGGAAGAUGGCAAAGAGGGCUCCGAUAGAAACUCACAAAACGCCAGCUGCGAUGAAGAUGAUGAUGAACUCAUCGAUAUGGAAAUGGAUGACUGUGGCAGUGAUGAUGAGCAUGAAUACGAACAAAGUCAUUAAAUGUUCCCAAAAACAAACAGAAAUUUGGAUUCUGGGAAUCCUUGUGUAAAUACCAAAUUGUAAAAUCGAUUUAGCAAAAGCGUGUUGUGAGUUCCUUAUUUAUUAGUUAUUUGUGUUGUGAAGCUGCUGGAGAAGGUAAAGCAAAAGAGAAACAAAACUUUGAGAGCGAAAUUAUCUCGCUUGUGCUGAGUUUUAGUUUACAAAAAAAAGUUAAGAAAAUCUCAGUUUUGUUUUAAGUUGUUUGUGACUUGUGAUAUAUUUCUAACAUUAUUAUCAUUCCUAAAAUGAUAAUUUAAUAAUUAGAACCAAUUUUUUUUUUUUUUGUAUUAAUUUGUGUUUUUAUUAUUAUUAUUAUUAUUAUUUUAAAGAAUUCUGUGUAAAUUGUAUAUAGAUUCAUGUAGGGAAAUUAGCUAAGAGCUUUUUUAUUCCUUUAUUUUAAA